AUGGCGUUUUCUAUUGCGAGGAGCGCCGCCGAAUCCGCCCGUGACCUCCUCCGGCGAUUUGGACUUGAAAAAGAGGACUUGGACCAUCUGGUCUGGUACCCGCAGGACCAGAUCACCCCCGCCAGCCUGCCGUUCAUCCUGCGGCAGAUCGGCAUCGAGAAGGCGGAGAGGGCGUCGGCCGCCGCCGCCGGGGUGGCUCCUCCCGGGGGGGCGGCGAGGCUCCAGGAGGACAUUUCGCCCGCCGUCGUCAAGCCCAGCGACGUGACUGACGGUGGCCGCGGUGACGCAUGCGUAGACGGGGCGGCAGGCGAGCCUCAGAGCGUCGGCGGCAUCAGAGAAACCUGCACGCCGCUGACGGACGCAGCCGGCGACAGAGCGCAGGUGGAAAGCGGCGCGCCGGGGUCGUCACGUGACCGGGCGGGUCCCGCCUCCGGCCUCGGCCCUUUGCCCGCUCCGCCGAGCAGCGGCCACACCCAAGCGCUCCCGGGCUCCUCCCCUCUGCCGGACCCGCCGGUUCCUCUGAUGGGCCGAGAGAGUUCACCGGAGCAGAACCAAGCCCCCUCCGCUCCGGCCCCCCCGGAGCAGAACAAAGCCCCCUCCGCUCUGGCCCCCCCGGAGCAGAACCAAGCCCCCUCCGCUCCGGCCCCCCCGGCGGGUCCGCCCGAACCGGACCCCGGCAGUCAGUCAACAGCACGGGGGUCCACGCUGGCCGGAGAGAGGGAACGCCAUCAGGAGGAGGAGCGUCCGGUGUCGCAGGCGCCUUCGGUCUCGCCGGACGUCCCGUCGUGUCCUCCGGCCCCGUCCGACGUCCCGCGGCCGACGGCCCCGCCCCCCGACCAGCGGCCCGCGCCGAAGGCUUCCUCCUCGGGGGGCGUCCCGCCGGCGGCCGCGAUGCAUGACGCCGCCGCGGCCGCCCCGAGGAGCUUCCCGCACACCUGUUGUCUGUGUCGCAGAAAAUGUCUUCACAUGAAGGACUGGAUUUCCCACCAGAAGACAGACGUUCACCUGGAGGGACGCAAACGUCUCCGUCUACGAUACCCGGAGUGGGACGGAGAGGUUCCAGGCAGCCUCAGUCCUGCAGGUGAAGGUGCUGAGGCCUCCGCUCGCUCACAGCCGGCCCGCCGAGACCAGAAAACGGCGCGCGGAGGACGCUCCGUCUCCCCCGUCCCCCGUGGCCCCCAGAGUCCCAGCAGCAGGUCACAUUCGGGUUCUCGCCGGAGCUCGUCCCGCCGCCGCCCGAGUCCUGAGAGGAGGAGAGGCGAUGAAAGGCCCUUUCCCAGGAGGACAGACGGGAGGCGGUUGCCUGGGAGGAGGACAGACGAGAGACGGUGGUCUCAGAGCAGCAGUGAGGAGAGCAGCUCCGCUUCCUGUAAAAAGGUGGCUGAGAAGCUCCUGGAAAACUCAGCUGUGGACCUGCUGUCCAAACCGUCCGACCUGGACGCGCUGCUUCAAACUCUGGCUCCGAUUGUACUGGCCGAGUUGGCCAAGAGGAAGUCACCUUCCUCCUCCUCCUCCCCCUCCUCCAGUCCACCAGAGACCUCCUCGACUCCAGCUGCCUCUUCCUCACCCCCCCCAGCAAAGAAGAAGAUGACUCAAAAGCCUUCUGAAGCUUCCCCAAAGGCCGAGGGCGGUAAGCCCCCCCCCCCGACCAUGGUGAAGCUGACGGGCGUCCACGCGUCUCUGUCUCGCAGCGACGUGCUCGCCGCUCUGCAGCGCUUCGGGAAGGCGAAGUCCUUCCUGCUCUUCCCGCCCAAGCUGCAGGCCAUUGUGUGUUUCGAGAAGAAAGAAGACGCCGAGAAGUUGAAGAGCCUGAAGGGCCUCGAGGUGAAAGGGAUCCGGAUCACCGUGGCCGAGGGGAAGGUGGUCCACGCGGGGCCUCUGUCGCCCAAAAAGCCUCCGCCUGCACAUCUCGGCUCGCUUAAAGGCCGGGGGAGGGCCGCCGAAGCUGAAAUGGGAGCCCAGCUCCAGGCGUGCCAAACACGGCCCCCGGGCGCCGAGGCGGUUGCCCCGGCAACCCCUCCCACCGUGGGCGAAGUCAUCGAGAAACACCUGAGCCGAGAGACAACAAGUAAGAGAGGGACGGACGUCCCACGUCCUUCAUCGCGUUUGUCCUCUGACGUCUUCUCUGUGUCUUUGGCAGAGCUCUUCCAGAAAGAAAACCUCUUGUUGGACAGGGCAGUCAGGUGCUUUGAGAGAGAAGAAGACACGAAGACACCCAGCAGCCUGGCGAGCUUCGACCUGAAAGGAAUCAAAGUCACGGUCUCUGGAGGAAAGAAGACAGUUACUAAGGAGCAAAAAAAGCCUCUGACAAGAUGCGCCUCGUCCGUCGUCUGCGAGCAUCAGAACACGAGAAAACAGAUCUGCGUUGAGAUGGCGGAGCCCGGCGGUGUGACCAAAGUGGUGGAGAAACACCGCGACUGUCCGUUCCUGUGGGUGAAGGAGGAGCCCGUUCGGAAUAAAGUUCUACGCGUUGAGUCUUUGAGGAGCCUGAAGCGGCGUCUAGAAGAUCCCGAUGAGGUCAUAAACACCGAGGCCCACGCUGUGAAGUCCAAUAUUAUUCUCAUAGAAUAAAACUGCAAUUUUUUAACCAAAUAAACAAUUUUCUUAUAAACAAAACGCCUUUCUCUUGUUGAUCUGCUACUUUGUCGCCUUUC